AUGACGCCCCCGGCUGCCGGCGCGGACAGGAGGGGCAUUUCCAGGGUGAGGAACGGCCCCCGCGCCGGCUCCCUCCUUCCCCCUCACACGGCCGGCCCCUCCGCGCCGCCCGGCGGGAGGAGGAGGAGGAGGAGGCGGCUGCCCCCGCCCCGGGAGGGCCGGCGCCCUUACCCCCGGCCCGGCCUCCUCACCACGCCAGAGCCGCUAGGAGCCGCCCGCCCGCGCCCACCGAGCAGCCGGCGGGCAGAGGAGGAGGAGGUGGCGGCGGCCGGGAGCAUCCCCCUCAGGGAGCCAUCGCGCCCGCCCCGCCGCGGAGAAGGAGGAGGAGGAGGAGGAGGAGGAGGGCAGCGGGCUGGGAAAUUCAGCGCGGCGAGGCCGGCCCCUCCUUCCCCCGAGCAGCCCCCGGCGCUGCGGCGGGGGCCGGCAGGGUGGCGGCGGGGGCCAUCUGCCGGCGGCCGCCAGUGGCGCCGCUCUCCCGGCCCGGCCCCGCCGCAGGCCCUGGCCGCCAGCGAGGUCCGUGGUAGCAGCACCCUCCGUCCAUCUCUCCUCCGCAGCCUUAGGCAGGUGCAGCUUCAGGCUCUGCACGGCGGGGCUUCUCCUCUGGGCUCACGUCGCUGCAAAAGGGACGGCAGCCGCCUCAGCACCUGCUCUGAGGUAAGGCGCUGGAUGGAUGUUGCCUGGCAAACUGACCCGCUGCAUGGGGAAAGGCGAGUCUCCCAGCCUGGGCAAGGCGGGAGGCAGCCCAACGUGCCUUCUCGCCCAGGACCAAAUGGAAAAAAAACAAACCCACAAACAGCAGUAUUUUUGCUUGUUGUGCUUUACUGCUGAGAAUUUUUGUCCUGCCUUAACAGCCAAAUUACAGAAAGGCAGCACGUGAGCUGCCUGAUUGCGCCUACGAAAAUAAGGCCAGAAAGAUGCUUAUUGGAUGAGGGUGAAGGAAGAGGCUCGGCAGCUCUGGAAAUCCUCUGGCUUGCUUCUAGUAGCGAUGCCUAGUUUCAGUGAAAGGAUCAUUUUCACUGCAGCAGGACUGUGAUUGGUCGCCCUCCAUCCUCUAAAGGGGUGGAUUACUGCAUAGACCUCAUAUUUCAAGCACUCCACAAGUGAGUGACGGAUCUGGGAUAUCAAAGUCGUUUAUGUCUAAUUAAGGAACCUGAAAUACAUUCAGUGAGAGCAACAGUGUAAAUCCAAGAAGAGUUAUUUUGCUGGUACGAUACCAUAUUGCUGCACUCUGUGUCUCAGGGACUACUGCAUAGCCUGGUCUUCAUGACUAGCGGUUUGAAAUUGCUGUGACUUGUCAAACAAUUUUAUUAUGAUUCCCCAUGGCACCAGCCAGCUCUCUAAAUAACGUCAGAGAUGAUUUUACCAAUACAGACAGGAUUACUAAAGAAAUGGCUACGAUUUGCUCUCUCUUUCCAGUUUGCUGUUUACAUGUAACGAGUAAGG